ACGCGUAUACCCACACAUGGCUGGUUGAGUGCUUGUCUAUCUAAAAGUACCCACCGGAUCACGUGUUUGACCGCCCUCGAUUCCUGCCCGGUAGUUCGACAUAUAGCUAGCCUUGGCCGAUAGGCACCCAAUCCAUCCAACUACUCGCGUACACCAAAAUGAUAUAUAGUCGACUAUAGGAUUGCCUCUCUAAGCUUUGAAAGAAACAUAUGCUAAUGGGAUGAACAUUGUAUUCUUUGCAUUAUAUAUGGCGUCACAUACCCCGAUAUAACCUCGGCAAUGUCCAGUUUGCUCUAGCAGAACACAAUCGAAAGUACAAACGUCUAUAGCACAACAUGCCAGCCUUAACGCUACACCUUUUCUCUCUCAAUAUACCUCCGCAAUCCUUCCUCCAGCGUCUACGCGAGCACCGAAUCGAAGUCGUCGUUUCCUCGUGCCCUCAGCACAUUGUGAUCCACCCGUCGCGUAUCGACCAAAACGCUCUCACCUCGCACCCAUGGGAUCUGUUAACCGUCCUCCGGAUCCCGGGUGAUAAGCCCGUCCUCCCAACCGACCUGCAAUCCGCUGUCCGCGACGAGUACAAAAUUCUGGUCGGGAUCCCGUCCAAGCUCCUGAUGACAUAUGCCGAGCGCGACAAGAAGCUGAAGCACGAGACGUCCUCGAUUCCAUUGACUGGAUCGCUGGAAAAGGCGCAGUCGCAGUCUCGAUCAACGUCGCAGAAUCUCGAGGUGUCGCCCGAGUUGCUCGCGUUUAUGGAGAAGUUGACGCGGGAGUAUGGCGAUAAGCCGGUGACCAUGCUGAAUUUGUUGCACUUUCAUUAUCCAGAUGGAAAGAAGAGUUAUUACCAAUACGGCCAGGCGUUUAUUCCUGUUGCUGGAAAGCGGGGAGGGAAUGCCAAACUGGUUGGGAAUGUGAUUAGGCCCACGAACGAUGGUCUUGACUCCCGGGGCGAUUGCAGUCGGCCGGAGCAGGAGUGGUGGAAUGAGAUCUCCAUCGUGCAUUAUCCAUCUAUUCGACAUUUCUGUGAUAUGCUUGCCGGUGAGGAUUAUCAGGCCAUCAAUGAGAAGCAUCGAUUAUCGGCUCUCCGCGAUACGUUCCUGCUGUGUACUACAGAAUGGGAUUUUGAGGCUGCGAAAUUAUAAACACAGUGCUGUGCAUAUACGGCAUACAUGAAAUGCACAUAUAUGCAGCCUACGUAGGAUUGAAUCGGCUCCAUUCCUUGAUCCUCCUUCCGUGGAUAUAGAAAAGAACCAGGGCUGGAAGCAGAACGGACGUUAGACAACGCAAUUGACGUCAAAGUUAUGAACUUAUCGCCGUUAGUGCAGUCG